GCGGAAGUGGAGAUAAGUAUCUUGUUGAAGCGACGCAGGACUGACGCUGGCGUGAAUGCUCUUGUUGCUUUUUUCUCUUCUUCGACCCCUGUCACAGCAGUAGCGAGAGACGAGGGCAGCUCCCCUUUCGCCCCCCGCUACUCGCUCACUUCGCCUCAGCAGCACGCCCAAACAUUCCGCACCAUGGCUGCAACGGACGUGGACGUGUUUUCGAACGAAGAAAAGCGCAGCCUCAAUCUGGGCGGCCAUGUUGGAUUUGACAGCCUCCCUGACCAACUGGUCAGCAAAUCGGUCACACAGGGUUUUUGCUUUAAUAUACUCUGCGUAGGGGAGACGGGCAUUGGCAAGUCGACUCUAAUGAACACGCUCUUCAACACCAUGUUUGAGAACGAGGAGGCCAGCCACUACCAGAACGGCGUCUACCUGCGCCCGCGGACGUACGAUUUGCAGGAGAGCAACGUCCACCUCAAACUCACCAUUGUGGACACCGUCGGCUUCGGGGACCAGAUCAACAAAGAUGACAGUUACAAGCCCAUCGUGGACUACAUCGACACUCAAUUUGAAAACUACCUGCAGGAAGAGCUGAAGAUUAAGCGCUCGCUCUUCAACUACCACGACACCAGGAUCCACAUCUGCCUCUACUUCAUCGCCCCAACGGGACACUCGCUCAAGUCCCUGGACCUGGUGACCAUGAAGAAACUCGACAGCAAGGUCAGCAUCAUUCCCAUCAUCGCCAAAGCUGAUACGAUCUCCAAGAGCGAGCUCCAUAAAUUCAAAAUCAAGAUUAUGAGCGAGCUGGUGAGCAACGGCGUCCAGAUUUAUCAAUUCCCGACGGAUGACGAAGCUGUCAGCGAGAUCAACUCCUCCAUGAAUGCUCAUCUGCCCUUUGCCGUGGUGGGAAGCGUGGAAGAAGUGAAAGUUGGGAACAAAACAGUGAGGGCCAGGCAGUACCCAUGGGGGGUCGUGCAAGUGGAGAACGAGAGCCACUGCGACUUUGUCAAGCUGCGGGAGAUGCUGAUUCGAGUCAACAUGGAAGAUUUGAGGGAGCAGACGCACGCCCGCCACUAUGAGUUGUACCGACGUUGCAAGCUGGAGGAGAUGGGCUUCAAAGACACCGACCCAGACAGCCAACCCUUCAGUCUGCAGGAGACUUAUGAAGCCAAAAGGAAGGAGUUCUUGGGAGACCUGCAGCGGAAAGAGGAAGAAAUGCGACAAAUGUUUGUCAACAAAGUCAAGGAGACUGAAGCGGAGCUGAAAGAGAAGGAAAGAGAGCUUCACGACAAGUUUGAGCAGCUGAAGCGCAUGCACCAGGAGGAGAAGAGGAAAGUGGAGGAGAAGCGGCGGGACCUCGAGGAGGAGAUGAACGCCUUCAACAGGAGGAAGGUGGCUGCCGAGACGCUCUCCCUAUCCCAGCCGCUCAAGAAAGACAAGGAUAAGAAAAAUUAAUUUAUGGCUGCCGUUUCCCCCUCCCCGCACAUGACCACGGAUUUGUCCUCCAUCACAACAAGAACGACAACACCAUUUUUCUUUGAGUUUUGACAUUCCAUCUUGACAUUGUGCACAUGGACCAAUGAUGAUGACGAUGACGCGGUCAAGCAUGGUGAGAGUGUUCACUUUGACAACAAUGGCCAUCAUUCUUUCAGGAUUUUCCCUUCCUUGUUUUUAAUAUUAUUUUGGGACACUUUAUAUGAAUAUUUUGUGAUUUUUAUUUUGUCUUUUUUUUUUUUUUAAUCAACACACACACCGGAGAUUCAAACCCACUCAUGAAAAGCCCGAGGCUGUUUGGUACUGCAGCGUAACUAACAAUGUAGGGGUGUGUGCUUAUUAUAAUUUUACUUUUCAUAUUAGUUCAGUGUAUGUGAAUAUUGUUAGAGCUUACUCGACCUACUAUGCAAAAGUGUAUUGGGAGUAUUGUCUUGUAACAAGUCCAUAAGUAAUGGAGCUGAAACAUUAUCGUAAACAGUAGAGGAAGUAAGUAAAUACACACACACAGGAAAACCUCAAAGCCUGAGCUUGCCGAAGAACGAGAGCAGCUGUGUUUACUGUCGUUGGAAAUAAAUGCAAACAUUAAACUACCCCCUCCCACACACAGCCGUCCCACAAUGUUGCAUAUUUUAGUCAGCACAGUAUUUUAUGUUUGCCAAAGGUGGCGAGUUAAAAGAAAAAAAAUCCAAGAUGUAUUUUGAUUACUAGACAUAAUUUGAAAUAUGUACAAAACUAAAAACACCAAAACAUAUUUAACUCUGGAGCUUGUAUCUUUAUUGUGUAGUACAGACAAAACAAAGAUAUAUAGAGUAUAGCUGCCUGGGGAUGUGAGGAAGAACACUGGUCACUUAGUUUAGCUUCAUUGUGAGAACAGUAACCACUUUGUAUACAAAAUCAACCAGAUCAGGAAAUUGUGACACUUCAGUAGAACAUUUUUUCGUGUGCAAGUAACAUAAUGAGAGCAUUUUAGCUAAAUACAAUAGGACAUUUCAAUCCCAAUGUAGAAGCAUUAACAACAGCAUGAGUGUUGCGGUUGCUAAUCACAUGAUUUUUGCUGGGGUGCUUAGGAAAAUCAACACAAGUGGAAGAAUGAAUUAAAAUCAGUCGCAGCAGUAAGUUAUAAAAUUAAAGCUUUUUGUAAA